CCAUCUUUAGUGUUCUGCUGCGAAAGUUUUGGAAUAGGCAUUCGUGUGGAUGUUACUUAUGGCAGCAGCAGGAUGCAGCCUGACACAGACACACACACAAUAACGGUUUAGGACACAAAAAUGUCCAUUUUAUGAUGAGUCACGUCUAUUUUGGAGGCACGAGAGAGACCUACAUAAUUUUAUGCCUUGUAACGAUUGCAAGGCAUAUUCGCCUCGCGCUUUAAAAUCUUUAGCCACGCCCCCUACCGGUCUUCCGCCUUAUAACCCUACCUGAGGAGGUGAGUCCUGCAGAAAAUCAUCGUAUGAUUUACGCAUUCAAACUUCACCUGUAACGAGUGAACGCGGUCAAGAGUAGUGUCGACGUUGGAUUUAUUCCGAGUUAACUAAAGUUUCCAAGCACAAUGAAUGUGAGAAGAGUGUUAAGGACAGUUCUGAGUGUGGACCAGGCGGAGGGAGUCGGUGCUCGGGUCCGCAGAAGCAUCGGUAGAGAGGAACUCAGGAACCUGGAUCCUUUCCUGAUCCUGGAUGAGUUCAGAGUGAAGAAGCCAGCAGGUUUUCGAGAUCAUCCUCACAGAGGCUUUGAGACGGUAACGUAUGUGUUGGAGGGGAUCACAGCCCACGAAGACUUCUGUGGCCGUUCAGGACAACUGAAACCCGGAGAUCUGCAGUGGAUGACUGCAGGCCGGGGGGUGGUCCACGCCGAGAUGCCCGUGUCAGAGGAGACGGCGAUGGGCUUGCAGCUGUGGGUGAACCUGCCGAAGCGAGACAAGAUGAUUGAACCAGCAUAUCAGGAGCUCAAAAGCUCAGAGAUCCCCAAGCCCAGCCAGGGAGGAGUUACAAUCGCCGUUAUAUCUGGAGAGGCUUUAGGAGCAAAGUCGAAGGUCCUCACAAGGACACCAACCGUGUACCUGGACUUCAGAAUGCAGCCAGGAUCCCAGUUUGUGCAGCCCAUCCAUUUAGGCUGGACCGCAUUCAUCUACACACUGUCGGGAUCUGUUCAUACUGGCCCAGAACAGGAGCAGCAGCAGGUAGAGCCUCAUCACACUGUGGUGUUUGGAGAUGGAGACAGUGUCAGAGUCGAAAACAAGGGUUCUGAAGUUUCCCAUUUUGUGCUGGUUGCUGGAGAACCCAUCAAUGAACCCGUGGUGAGACGAGGUCCAUUUGUGAUGAACACAGAGGAAGAGAUCAACCAGACUAUCGAGGACUACCAGGCUGGCAAAAAUGGCUUUGAAAGAGCCAAAAACUGGAGGUCCAAGAUCAGAGAUUCUGUCUAAACACUAUUCAUGACAAUGAUUUCCUUACAAAAGAGGGUUUUCACGGCACACCAUCAGUGUGUCAAAAAUUCAGAAGUCGCUACGACGUUGGAGCCACUCUACAAAGGAAACAAAGCACACGGAGUGAAGUAGAAACUGGUAAGUUAUUGCCGUCUUUUUGGCU